ACGCAAGCCAUCUUUUGAGUGUUGCAAGGAAAAUGAUGCGUUCCCUUUUACAUUACACCACCUCUCUGUGUAUCUGCUUUUCGUUUUCUUAGCUUUUUUUCUCUCUCUCCCUCACUGUUUCUGUAUAUCCGAAGCAGCCAUGAAUGGGUCCUUGAAAUGGUGGAGCGCCUUCAAAAGAUAGAGUGUCCAUUUAGAUAACUUGGGGUCUUGGGUUUGUUUUUGUGUGGUGAAGAAAGAGGUGGGGUUCUCUGAGAUGGGUUCAUUGGAAGAGUCUGAGGCUCAAAGCCUUAGAAGGAAUGACGCAGGUGCUCCUCUGAUAAAAAGGGGCUCUCUUUCUCGCUAUUCUGAGCUGAGCCAUCUGAGAAACAGUGAUGAGAAGCUGCAUUUGAAGCUCGUGUACAGAUUGAGCAGGUUCUUAUGGUGCGGCAAGAUUGAUUAUGGUCAAUUGAUAUGUAUAAUUCUCGCUUUCUUGUUUGUGGUUGCUUUGUUUCAGUCCUUUUUGCCUGGUUCUAUUGGGUUGGAGAGGCCUAGAAUCCACAUGGGUUUUGACCACAGAGAGCUCCCAUGGGAGUUUCAGUACUUGAAGGAGAUGGAGGGGUUGAAUUUUGGGGAAGGUGUGAAAUUCGUGCCUUUGAAGGUUCUUCAGAAGUUCACGAAAGAAGAAAAUGAUGCAAAUAUGUCAGUGGAUUCUAUGAGACCGAGGAUUCGUACCCCAAUCCGAAGGCCACAACUUGCAAUGGUGUUUGGAGAUCCAUUGAUGGAUGCCACACAGUUGAUGAUGAUAAGCAUCACACUCUCUCUGUAUUCCAUGGGGUACGCUAUUCAGGUUUAUUUUCUUGAAGAUGGCCACAUUCACGCUGCUUGGAAAAAUAUGGGGCUAAAUGUGACUAUUUUGCAAACUAGUAGCGAAUCCAGAGUUGUUGUGGAUUGGUUGAAUUUUGAUGGUGUUCUUGUGAAUACCAUUGAGUCAAAAGAUGUAUUGUCUUGUCUUAUGCAGGAACCAUUCAAAUCCGUGCCUGUUAUAUGGACCAUUCAAGAACGGGCAUUAGCAAUUCGGCUUAGCGAGUACACCUCAAAUGGACACAUGAAGCUUUUCAAUGACUGGAAACAAGCAUUUGAGCGAGCUACUGUGGUAGUCUUUUCUGACUAUGAUUUGCCGAUGAUGUAUUCCCCACUCGAUUCAGGAAAUUAUUUUGUUAUUCCGGGAUCUCCACUUGAGCCAUGGGAGGCAUACAAGUUUAUGGCCCUGUGCAAGGGGCACGACCUUCGUGCAAAGAUGGGUUAUCGGCCAGAAGAUGUUGUGAUUGCAGUAGUUGGGAGUCCAUUUCAUUACAAUGGAUCGUGGUUGGAACAUGCAUUGGUCAUGCAGGCCAUAGCACCACUUCUUUCUGACUUCAACAAUGAUGCUACCUCUGGUUCCCAUUUAAAAGUCUCUAUUAUCUGUAGGAAUUCCACAAGUACAUACGAUGUGGCUUUGCAGGCCAUUGCUCUUCGGUUCGGUUACCAUCAGGAUAAUGUUCAACGCAUUAGCAGUGAUGGGGAUGUAACUUCUUUUCUUGAUAUUGCUGAUAUUGUGAUAUAUGGAUCCUUUCAUGAAGAGCAAUCCUUUCCUGCUAUUUUGAUUCGUGCUAUGUCCCUGGGGAAGCCAAUUAUAGCUCCCAACAUCUCCGUUAUCAGAAAACGUGUUGAAAACAGGGUUAAUGGUUUUCUAUUCCCAAAAGAGAAUAUCCGUGUGAUCACGCAGAUUCUACGUCAAGCUUUAUCUAAUGGGAAGCUGUCACCUUUAGCUAAAAAUGUCGGAUCCAUUGGAAAAGGAAAUGCAAGGAAUUUAAUGGCUUCAGAUGCUGUCAAAGGUUAUGCUGAUUUACUUCAGAAUGUCCUGAAACUAUCAUCAGAAGUUAUGCUUCCCAAAACUAUUAGUGAGAUUCCUCAAAAUUUAGAGGAGUGGCAGUGGAAUCUAGUGGAAGAUAUGGAAAGCCUAAUUUAUUGGAAUAAAAGUACGAAUGGUUCUGAUUUUCUAUAUCAUAUUGAAGAGCUCUAUUAUCGUGAUGUUGUUGAGGGUUCUAAUAACACCAGCAAAGUAAUUGAUCAGGUGUUCUCCUUAACUGACUGGGAGGAAGAGAAAUCCAUUGAGAUGGUCAAUGCAAAAAGGAGGCGAGAAGAAGAACAGUUGAAAGAUAGAACUGAUCAAACUCGAGGAACUUGGGAAGAAGUUUAUCGGAGUGCUAAGAGGGCAGACAGGACCAAAAAUGAACUCCAUGAAAGAGAUGACAGGGAGCUGGAGAGAACAGGACAGCUCUUAUGUAUAUAUGAACCUUAUUAUGGAGAGGGUACCUGGCCUUUUCUGCAUAACAAAUCACUAUAUCGUGGAAUUGGGCUAUCUACUAAGGGUCGGCGACCUGGGGCGGAUGACAUAGAUGCUCCCUCCCGUCUUCCUAUUCUGAGCAGUCCAUACUACCGAGAUGUUCUUCGUGAAUAUGGGGCCUUCUUUGCAAUAGCUAACCGCAUCGACCGUAUACACAAGAAUCCAUGGAUAGGGUUCCAAUCAUGGAGGUUGACCGUGAGGAAGAGUUCCUUGUCUGCUAUUGCUGAAGGUGCGUUAGUAGGGGCCAUAGAAGCUCACAGGUACGGUGAUGCUCUAUUUUUUUGGGCCCGUAUGGAUGAGGAUCCAAGAAAUCCCUUGCAACUAGAUUUUUGGUCUUUCUGUGACUCUAUAAAUGCUGGCAACUGCAGGUUUGCAUUUAAAGAGGCAUUCCGAAGGAUUUAUGGCUUGCAGGAAGAUUGGAACUCUUUGCCGCCAAUGCCGGCUGAUGGGUAUUCAUGGUCCGUCAUGCAUAGUUGGGCAUUGCCAACAAGAUCUUUUCUUGAGCUUGUCAUGUUCUCUAGAAUGUUUGUCGAUGCAUUGGAUGCACGAUUAUAUGACCAGCACCGAAGAACUGGCGAAUGUUAUUUGAGCUUGUCGAAGGACCGGCAUUGCUACUCGCGGGUGAUGGAGUUGCUCGUGAACGUGUGGGCAUACCACAGUGCGAGGCGCAUCGUGUACAUAAGCCCUCAAACAGGGGCCAUGCAUGAGCACCACAGGCUCAAAGGUCGGAGGGGAGGGCAUAUGUGGGUGAAGUGGUUCUCUUACCCUCUCCUCAAGAGCAUGGACGAGGACUUGGCCGAGGAGUCGGACUUUGACAACCAACUAGAUAGGCGGUGGCUUUGGCCCCAAACAGGAGAGGUUUAUUGGCAAGGGGUGUAUGAGAGGGAGCGAAACCAUAGACAAAAGGAGAAGGCAGAGAGGAAGAGGAGGAGCAAGGACAAGCAGCGUCGAAUUAGGGGUCGCACUCACCAAAGGACACUAGGGAAGUACAUAAAGCCUCCCCCUGAAGAUCGUGAUUUUCUUAUGGCAAAUGCUACACUGGUUGCAUCAGGUUAGGUGGGGGAAUUCAAAGGGCAUUGAUUUGAGAGAAUGCUCUAUUUUUUUGUUUUUAUUAUCUUUUUCUUUCUUUUGUUUACAUUUUACAGGAGGGAUGUCUGGUUAUUGGUUGUAUUGGUUUUUCUUUUCUUUUCCUUUUGGUCCUCUUUUUUGGGGUUGGGGAUGCUGGGUAACUCUUCUGCUGUAUUGCUAAAUUGGUGAGCUGAUCGUAGGGGGAGCUUAGAAGAUGUAAAUCUUUUCCUCUUUUUUUUUUUUUCCGUUCUUUUACAUUCAUUUCUGUACAUUAUAAUUUCAUUGAAGGAAAAGCAAUUGAUAGUACAAAGCAAUUGGCCUCAA